AAUGGCGGUGAGCGCAAGCACAAACAUUGCUGGCUUUGACUGUCCGACAUGGGCGGGAAAGCCUCCACCUGGCCUCCAUCUGGAUGUUGUUAAAGGAGACAAAUUAAUAGAGAAGCUGAUCAUCGAUGAAAAGAAGUUCUAUCUGUUUGGGAGGAAUCCUGAUCACUGUGACUUCACAAUAGACCAUCAGUCCUGCUCGCGUGUUCAUGCAGCGCUGGUUUACCACAGACACCUCAAGAGAGUCUUUCUCAUCGACCUCAACAGCACCCAUGGCACAUUUCUGGGCAGAAUUCGCCUUGAGCCUCACAAACCACAGCAGGUGCCGAUCGACUCGACCAUGUCGUUUGGAGCAUCGACGCGAGUGUACACGCUGAGAGAGAAACCACAGACACAGAGUAGCUCUGCUGCAGGAGACAGUAAAGGAGUGGAGGAUGAGGAGCUCAAGGGGUUACUGGGACUGCCAGAGGAAGAAACAGAGCUCGAGAACCUGACAGAGUUCAACACGGCUCAUAACAAGCGCAUCUCCACGCUCACCAUCGAGGAGGGAAACCUGGAGAUCCAGAGACCCAAGAGGAGGAGGAGGAGCUCACGAGUGUCCUUCAGUGAAGAGGAGGAGAUCAUCAACCCUGAGGAUGUCGACCCCUCUGUAGGGCGCUUCAGAAACAUGGUGCAGACAGCUGUGGUCCCCAUUAAGAAGAAGAAACUGGAGGCUCAUGGUACAUUGGGACUGGACGACAUCGUAGGACGCCGGUUACAGAACUUCCCUCUCAGCGCUGGGCUCUACGGUGACUUACCGCCCACCAGUCAUGAGGCAGGUGGACAAGUGGGUGGAGCUCAGGGUGGCGGGUCUUCUGCCAUGUUGGGCGGGAUGCCUCUGCCCUUCCCUAACCCCGCCCCAGAGGUCGAUCUCUUGCCCGCUGCAGUGCAGCCCCCUGCUAUGCUCAACCCCACUCCCGCUCCUGGACCCUACUCGGCCGAACCCCUCAAUGAGCCACGCAAGAAAAAAUACGCCAAGGAGGCGUGGCCUGGCAAAAAGCCCACUCCUUCCCUGCUGAUUUAACAUGUUUAACUGUAAAACAGGACAGCCAGAUCCUACAAACAACAGAGCUGAAGAUGACUAUUUCAAAUAUCUGCUUUGGAGUUUGGAGUACUUUUUAUUUGAGGAUAUUGUUUCCAUGCAACAUAUUUUUAACAGAUUAGAUACUUAAAUGUUACCUGUUAAGGCAUUACAGUAGAGAUUUUGAAAAGGUGAGUCAUCUGCAGUGGACACUACAAAAACUGUGGUUGUUUCUGGAAUUUGGUGAAAAUCAGGUCCAAAAUCAGAAGAAAAGAAAAAUAAGAAAUUAUAUUUUGCAUAAAGAAAAUAAAGCUUAUUUUUUACAUAGGAUUUUUUGCAGUUCAACAUUAUUUUCCUAAUAAUUAAGCACAUAUCCCUCAAUACUUAUUAAAGAAAUCUAAUUUUAUUACUGUAUACAGUAAAAAUGUGACAUUUAAAAAAAGAAUCUGCAUAAAGUCAAAACGACCUUUGAAAAAGCAUUAAUUUCACUACUAUUAUGCCUCACAUCUGAACUAGAAUGGCGUUUUGCUCAACCAUAAAUAUUGUUUUGAAACCGCUCUCCGUUACCGUAUAAUUUGGAAAAUUGUGGCGUUAGGAAACUGAAAACGGAUUAGUCUGGAUGUGGCCUAAAAAAUAUAAAUGGUUUCAAUUUAAAAAAUAUAUCACUAUUUUUUCCACAUCACGACAAUGAGAAUUACUUUUUUAACUUAAAGGCAGUACAAAAAUAUUGCCUUGAUUUAUAAAUAAUUUACAAUGUUGCAAUGCAAAAACUCUUUUUGUUUAUGCAAAUAAUGUCUUAUUUCAUUAACACUUUACAAUAAGGUUCGAUUAUUAACAGCACGGUGGCUCAGUGGUUAGCAUUGUGGCCUCACAGCAAGAAGGUCCCAGGUCAACUGAGCCUCUCUGUGUGGAGUUUGCAUGUUCUCCCCAUGUUUGCUUGAAUUGAAUAAAGUUAACAUUAGAUUAUGCAAUAUAAACAACAAAAAUGUUUUUUAUCAAUUAACAUUGACAGCUGUUUAAAAACAUCGUUCAUUGUUAUUUCAUGAUAUCUAAUGCAUUAACUAAUGUGUUGACAAAUGGAACCUUAUUGUAAAGUGUUACCUUUAUUUCUUUUGAUAUUGGGCUAAAAUAUAAAACAGACAUGUUGAUCUUCUAAGCCUGAUCUUGACAGGUUUCAUGAGAUUCAUCCAGGAAGGAUGAAGUGAUGUUUGAAUGAAUUGCACCUCAUCCUAGUUGGUUGUUUCAGGCUUUCCUGACCGGAACACACUUUAAAAAGCUUGGACCAUAUUCAGUAGAUAUCAGCAGGUGAUUGAGUAAAUGUAUUCUCACUCACGUUAAAUAUACAAGCAGUUGUUGUCAGCCACACUAAUGGUAAAUAGCAGCCAUUGCAUUUUAACAACAUCAUGUAUUUAAUACUUUGGUUUUCAAAAUCCUAAGAGCUUAUUCCUCUGGAAAAAUGUUCACUGUACGUUUAAGAUGUUUUUGUAUUAAAUAUUUGAAGUACAAACCAAACCAUUGAACUCAACCAAGUGUUACCUUACUAAACCGUAAUGCUGUAGGUUCAAGUAACAUGUUUGUGUGUUAUGAGACUGAGUGUUUGUAGUACACAUAGGACAUUUUUUUGGAAAUAUUUCAAAAUACUGUGGCUGUGUAUUGGUUUUCUAGAGAGAAACUGAAACUGAACUUCAUACAUCUGACCCGAUUGUGCAGAAUGAGACCAGUGCGAUUUAUGUAAUCUGAACGCAGGGAAUUGCCUUGUAAUUCCAAGGCAAUGUGAACUGUUUUGUUAGCAUUUUAUAUAUAUUUUUUUAUCUGAAUGGAUCUUGCUGCCCAUUGUGAGUGAAAGCACACAUGAAAGUACUUAACGUGGAAAGAUGAAAGGAAUUCCUGUCAUUGUUGGAUUAUUUGUCUAAUAAACGGUAUUCCUUACUCGAAACGUAUGUCAAUGAUGAAGUGCAGUGAUAACUAGGUUUUUCAUUUUCUGAAGAUAUGAGUGGAGUUUGAAUGGACAAAACUCACUGCCACAAUGAUGGGUGGUUGCUAGCAGUGUCAGAUAUUAACUUUGCCAUUAGGAGGCAAUAUUUCCCCCUUUGAUAUGGUCAAAUUUGGCCACACUAGUCAGUUUUUCUCAUCCACACUGAAACAACAUUUCCUUCCACCAAAAAUGGAGACACCAAAAACGCUCUCAAAAACGGCAUACUUUGGGAAAGCAAUGACUGUUAAGAAACUGAAAACCGAGAUUUCAAACCUAGUAAACAUUAAAAGGAUGUAAAAUAACCACUUUCUGUACCAAGUUUGUGUAUAUAAUCUCUUUUGUCUUUUCAUAACCAUUCAAAUAUUAUAUAAGAACUCUUAUAUUAUUAGGUGUUUAGUACAGUUUUAGUAAAAGAAUAGUCCGAAAAGAAUAUCCAGUAUCAUUGGAACUAGCGUUGGGAAGUCCAACUCAUUUUAGCAAACUGGUUCAUUCGAACUGUUUGUUUUAAUGAACAAUUUCGAUGAACUGAUUUAGCGAUUUGUUCACUGUAAGCCCUAAUGCUCAAAGUGUUUGUGUAGGCAUAAAUUAAAUCAUACUAAUUAGUUCAAAUAAAUUAACCUUAAAGAGUAUUUAGAACUUUUUCAUUUGAGUUCACAAAACUGACACCUUUUAAGUGACCUGAAUUGUUUAAUUGUUUUGAGUUCAAUGAACUUGGCUCUUUAAAUUAACAGGAACUUAAAUUUAACUGAAACUGGGCAGGGGAUUUCUAUGUCCCAGCAUGCUUUGCAUGGCACUCGAUAGGGAGAGUAAAUGUUAAAAUUAGGUGUUAUAUAAUAUGUCUUUGUGCAAGAUGACUGUAAAGGGGGAGACAUUAAUGUUUAAUGUUUUGUGUUAUUUAGAAGAGUUUCUGUUAUGUUGGAGUUUUGGUGGCUAACAUUAUAGUGAAUGGUGAAGAUUGAUUUUAAGUUGAGGACUGGUACAAGUAAAAAAAAAAAAAAUGUCUAUAUUGCUUUACUCAUUGAGCAAUUGCUAUGCUAAUUAAAGCAACCACAUGUAUGUUAGACCCAAUACCGACCGAGCUCUAAAAAGAGGUGUUUCCUGUAAUCUCAGAACCUCUUCUUAAUAUUAUUAACUCCUCGCAUGGUUCAGGACUCAGACACACUCUCUCAGUUUAAGUCUAGACUAAAGACUCAUAUUUUCAGCCAGGCAUACACCUAAUUUAUCCAUCAACUCAUAGUUAUGCUGCAUUAGUUGGGUCUGCCUGAAUCGGAAACACUUCCCAUAUUCUAUAAUGUGGUUUUUAGUGAAUGGCAUCUAAGAUAAUAUUAUUCUAUUUGUUUCCCUGUCUUAACCUCGGGAUACAUAUCCUGAGGUUACCAGAGCCUGCCAGAUCCAGCUCUGGUCCUGCCUGAUGUCCGACUCACAUGUGUUGCCGAGUGAUGACGACUAACUGCAGCCUGUGCCAGCCAGAUAUCACUUCAGUCUACUAUGAUGGACUUCACAGAGGAUGAACUGAUGUCAGCACCAACAUUAAGACAUGGGAUACUUCACUGGAUACUGCCUAAAACUUGGACUUAAGAUGGACUUCACUGGAAAUGAACUGCCACAAGCUUCCAGUCGAACUGCAAUGCACCUCACUGACCUCUGCCUGCAUCACAUUGGUCAAAGAAUGAAAUACAUAGAUAAAAAAUUAAUUACCAAUUAAAGCCUUCAUCAGCCAAAUAACAGAGGACAAGUCAUCUGUGUGCACUUCUGCAAUUAAUUCAGAAUGGACUUCAAAACUUUAGUCGUUAAUCUUACAGUUCAUACUAAAUCUUUUUGUUUAAACAUUGACCCCUAACACUUAGUUUACUAUUUUUAAACCAUGACUUGCACUGCACACAAAUAACUAAUAUUGGCAUUAUAUUCAUGCUGUUUAGUCAGAGGGGAACUGGCCCCCACAGAGAGUCUGGUUUCCCCCAAGGUUAUUUUUCUCCAUUAACCAACAUCUUAUGGAGUUUUGUGUUCCUUGACACGGACACCUUUAGCCUGCUCACUGGGGGUCUAAACACAAAUAUUAUUUACUUAUUUAAUUAUUUAUUUUAAGGCACAAUUUACAAUCAUGUUUUUUUUUCUUUUCUUUUUUUUUUUUUUUUAAACUGCACAGUUAUGACUCUAAGACAUUACAGAUAUUACAGCAUAAUUUUCUGUAAAGCUGCUUGGAAAUGAUGUGUAUUGUGAAAAGUGCUAUACAAAUAAAAAUGAC